GUUUCGCUUUCAACACUGAGGAGUGGCACUGAGCGCUGCCAGGCGCGGAGCUGCCGCCGUGCCCCGCGAGCCCCGUCCGGGCGAGCCGAGCCCUCACGCACCGCCCUGCCGAGCCAAACCGAAAGCGGCGCCUGUGCCGGGCAGGGCGGGCCGGAGCGGACCGGCCGGGACAGCGGAGGGCUCGCUGAGGGGCCGCGGCCUGGCUGGUCGCCGGGCCCGGGCGCAGCCCCCACCAGCGGCCCGCGGGAGCGCCGGGCGCCGCCAUGGCACAGGACACCCGGGACGAGCGGUUCCUCUACACGAUCUCCUGCUUCAGGCCGCGGCUGAAGCAGUUCAUCCAGGUGCAGCCCGUGCUGGACCGGCUCCCCUCGCUGAGCCCGGAGGACAAGGACAGGGUUCGCGCGGCCGCCCAGCAGCGGGGCGCGGCCGCGGGCGCGGAGGAGCUGCUGCGGGCCGUGGAGCGGGGGCCCUGCGACCGCGGCUGGAUCCGCGAGUUCCUGCAGGCGCUGGAGCACGGCGGCUGCAGCCUGGCCGCCUGCUACGCCAACCCCAGCCUGAGCCAGCUGCCCUCGCCGGCAGAGGAGGCCGAGCACGACCUCUGCGUGCACCUGGUGCAGCUGCUGCACGGCACGCUGGUGGACAGGAUGCGCACCGUGCAGGUGGCCGAGAAGUGCCUGCAGAUGGGAAUCUUCCAGGACGAGGACGUGGAUCGGAUCCAGGCUGUUACUGACAAUCAUGGGAACAGAGAUGGUGCAAGGGAGCUACUGAGCAGAAUAGUCCAGAAGAAAGAUUGGUUCUCUUCUUUUUUGUUUGCUCUCCGUGAAACCCAACAUGAAGACCUUGCAGAUGAUUUAAGUGGAAAUACAGGAGAGAAUAAACAAAAUGGGAUGGAGCAGACUACGAACGAAGAAACAGAAGUUACAAGCCAACCAGGAUACAUCAUAGAGGAGAAUUUGAAACAGGAAGAAAAUGUGGAUGAUAGUUUCAGCAGUGAGAACAGUCUGUUGGAAAAAUCCAUGGAAAAGAAUUCUGUGAUGUCAGAGUCAGAUGUCUCCAUAGGAGAUGGAAGUGUCAGUAACUUGAAUGAAAACCUGGAACAGAGUUGCACAACCAGUGAUUCAGAUGAAGAUGAAGUGGAGAGGAGAGCCUCACCUGAGCCAGAUCUGACCCUGAGAGAUUACCAGAUGGAAGUUGCAAAGCCAGCAUUGAAUGGGGAGAAUAUUAUCAUAUGUCUCCCUACAGGCAGUGGUAAAACCAGAGUGGCUGUUUACAUUACCAAAGAUCACUUGGAUAAGAAGAAAAGAGCAUCAGAGCCUGGAAAAGUCAUAGUACUUGUUAAUAAGGUUCCAUUGGUAGAACAGCAUUUAAAAACUGAGUUUAGUCCAUUCCUGAAGCGCUGGUAUCAGGUUAUUGGUUUAAGUGGUGAUUCUCAGCUGAAAAUCUCAUUUCCUGAAGUUGUCAGAAGAAAUGAUGUCAUCAUCAGUACAGCACAGAUCCUUGAGAAUUCACUGUUAAAUGCAUCCAAGGAAGAUGAAGAAAGUGUCCACUUAUCAGAUUUUUCCCUCAUCAUCAUUGAUGAGUGUCAUCACACUCAAAAGGAAGGUGUCUACAAUAAUAUAAUGAGACGUUACUUAAAAGAAAAGAUGAAGAACAGGAAGCUGGCAAAAGAAAACAAACCACUGAUCCCACAGCCUCAGAUUCUGGGACUUACAGCCUCACCUGGUGUAGGAGGUGCAACAUCCUACUCAAAAGCUGAAGAGCAUAUUCUGAAAAUCUGUGCCAAUCUGGAUGCAUGUAGAAUUAUGACUGUUGAAGAGCAUGCCUCCCAGCUAAAGAAUCAGGUGAAGGAACCAUCUAAGAAGACUGUGAUUGCAGAUGACAAAAAAAGGGAUCCAUUUAAAGAGAGAAUUACCGAGAUCAUGACAGAAAUACAAAACUAUUGCCAGCUGCAUCCGAACUCUGAGUUUGGAACUCAGACAUAUGAACAGUGGGUGAUCAGAGAAGAGAGAAGAGCUGCAAAAGAAGAAAAACGCAGGGAACGUGUCUGUGCAGAGCACUUGAAGAAAUACAACGAUGCUCUCCAGAUAAAUGACACCAUCCGAAUGGUGGAUGCCUACAAUCACCUAAAUAACUUCUAUAAAGAGGAGAAAAGUAAGAAGACAGUAAGGAGUGAUGACGAUGGUGAUGAUGAUGAUGGUGAACCAGCAGUAUCAAAACAGGAUGAAACAGAUGAAUUUCUAAUAGGUUUAUUUCAUGCAAAAAAGAAACAGCUGAAAGAGUUGACUAAAAACCCAGAAAAUGAAAAUGAGAAGCUAAUGGAGUUGAGAAAUACUUUAAUGGAGGAGUUCACAAAGACUGAGGAACCUCGAGGAAUCAUUUUCACAAAGACUCGUCUAAGUGCCUUAGCUCUUUCCCAGUGGAUUAAGGACAACCCAAAAUUUGAAGAAGUGGGAAUUAAGGCCCAUUAUCUUAUCGGCUCUGGAAGCAAGAGUGAAAUGAAGCCCAUGACUCAGAAUGAGCAAAGGGAAGUUAUUGAUAAAUUUCGAUGUGGAAAUAUAAAUUUACUAAUUGCUACUACUGUAGCUGAGGAAGGCCUGGACAUCAAAGAGUGUAACAUUGUUAUUCGCUAUGGGCUGGUCACCAAUGAAAUUGCUAUGGUGCAGGCUCGUGGUAGAGCUCGAGCUGAUGAAAGCACCUAUGCUCUUGUGGUUUCAAGUGGCUCAGGGGCUGUUGAACGUGAAAAUGUUAAUAUUUUUCGUGAGAAAAUGAUGUAUAAGGCCAUUCAGCGUGUCCAGAAGAUGCCACAGGAAGAGUAUUUAAAUAAGAUUCAGAGUUUCCAGUUGCAAAGUAUAAUGGAAAAACAAAUGAAGGUGAUGAGAGAUCAGCGCAAGACGUACAAGAAAAAUCCUUCACUAAUAAAAUUCUUAUGCAAAAAUUGCUCCAAGCCAAUAUGUUCUGGAGAAGACAUACAAGUUAUUGAAGACAUGCAUCAUGUCAGUGUGAAAAAAGAUUUCCAAAGUCUUUAUCAUACAAGAGAAAAUAAAGCAUUGCAAGAUAAGCAUGCUGAUUACCAGACUAAUGGGGAAAUUAUAUGCAAAGACUGUGGACAAGCUUGGGGAAAUAUGAUGGUUCACCGAGGUCUUGACCUGCCUUGUCUAAAAAUCAGAAAUUUUGUGGUUGUGUUAGAAGACAAGAAAACAACAAACAAUAUUUUUAAGAAAUGGGGAGACCUGCCCAUCAGGUUUCCUAGUUUUGAUUAUACAGCUCAUUGUCCUUCAAGUGAUGAAGAUUAAGGAUUUGGAAUGAAAAUAAAAGCCCUUUUCAACUUCUCUCUGUUGAUUUGAAGCUCCUGUGUCCCAUAGAGAAUGCUGCAUCUUAAGCACUGUGAAAGCUCCUGGACAUAAGGAAACUGUCUUGAAGACAAAAAGUGAAACAAGAAAGGAGAAGAACAAAGUCACACAGCUGCUAUCUGCACUCAGAUUUGUACUCCUGGACAAAGAUGGCAAAUGCAUUGCAGUCAUGUGUAUUUAUGGAACAAAUGCCUGUCUCUUUUCACUACAGGAUGACAACACUGUCAAAAGUGUGUGAGAUGACCUAUUGUCAAUCCCAGAACAUUGAAAAGAGACCUUAAGAUAUACCAUGGUAAUUUUUUUCUUCAUGCUGUAACCAUUUUGAAGAUAAAGUAUCUCAAAAGAGGAGCCACGUAAAGAAGAUAUCACCCAUUAUUUCUGGAUCGCUGUUGCUACAUCAGUGUUUUCAUGACUGAACUGAACUGAAUAUAGCUGAAAGCUCAUAUACUUUGACAGACUAAAAUUAGGUUUCCCUUAGAAGACAUUUCAAGAAAUCAAGCCCUUAACAUGAAAUUGAUUAUUUUGUUGUCCAAGAAGCACAUUGCCAAAGUGACUCUCUGUGUGUCAGUUUCAUAGGACUGUUAGCCUGGCUACAUAAUGAGGUGUGCAUUUUUUUUUCAAUAAAUUGCUAUAACUAAUGUUUACCAACUGUGAUACUCUUAAUUCUCUUCCACUGGAAGUAUUUAGACAGUAAUAAUACAUAGCUUCACCCUAGAAAUGUAAAGGAUGGUAGUAGUCUCACUGUAAAAAUAGCAUAAUGUUUCUCAAUAUUUAUGUCAUGGACAGAUUUCUCUCCCCCACCCGUUGCAAGUAAGAUAUUGGAGAGUGGAAGGAAGGUUUAUUUGUUGUUACAACUGAAUUAAUUAUUAGAAUAGCCUCGUGGGAAGUCACCCAGAUAUCAUUCACCAUCUGAGUAAUCUCUGGAUUUCUUUAUUAAUGAGUUGUUACAGGUAAAUAAAUGCAAUAUAAUACACUGUACAUAGCAUUUUCAAGUAUCUGAAUUAGUUUAUUCAGUACUUUAAAAUAAGUGUAAAACACUGGUAAAAAAUACAACAUCAUUUCAUAGAUUUCUGCUGGGUCUUCAAUCAA